AAGCUAUCUUCAAACUUCAUUUUCAAUCGAUUGCGUCUCCUCUUUCUCCCAAGUCUAACCAACCAAACCUUCUCAUCGUUCCUCUUCAGAUCAGCCAUGGAGGAUGAGAUCGAACUGAAAACGGCUCCUGCUGAUUUCCGCUUCCCUACAACGAACCAGACAAGGCAUUGCUUCACCCGUUACAUUGAGUUCCACAGGUGCACAACUGCAAAGGGUGAGGACUCCAAUGAUUGCGAGAGGUUCGCCAAGUACUACCGCGCUCUCUGCCCUGGAGAAUGGGUUGACAAGUGGAAUGAGCAGAGGGAGACCGGAACUUUCCCUGGUCCUCUCUGAUCCGAGCCAGAAAGCUCUCUUUAUCAUGUUUUCUUUGAGGCCAGAAGGUCGUGUGGAUGAUCAUUUCAUUCCAACUCUAUCUUUUUGUUAAUCUUUUUUUCUUUGGUUGAUCAAAUAAAAUAAACUGCAAGACAUUCUUUUGGAUUAAUAAUGAUUUGACUUUGGACCUGGGAUUCCAUUGUUAAUUCUCGGGUCUAUUUUGUCAUUUCCAACAA